UGUCUCUGUGUGUGUGUGUGAGAGAGAGAGAGAGAGAGAGAAUGGGAAUAAGGGAUUUUGAUUACAAGUUUCUUCCAAUACGAGAUGCGCAUACAUCUAUCAAUCAGAAAGUGAAUAUUAUAGGCGUUGUCUUUGAGUUUGGGUUCCCAAAGCCAACUAGGGGAACUGAUUACUGCUGUACCCUCAGAAUAAUUGAUGAAACACAUCACCAAAACGGCAUGUCUGUUAACAUUUUUGCUGAAAAUGCAGAAAGACUUCCCCGUCUUGCUGCUGUUGGAGAUAUCAUUCAGCUUUGUCUUGUUAUGGUAAAAACGUAUGGUGGGGAAGUAAAUGCUGUUUUCAACAAAAAAUUUUCCUCUUUUGCUUUAUAUAAAGGGACAGAUGGUGAUGAUUUGGUCCCUUAUCAAGUUUCUUCAAAAUUUCACCCCAGAGAUGAGGACAAGAUGUUCAUAGCCAAACUUAGAAAAUGGCUGGUCAAUUUUCAGUUUUGUGAAGAUACAAGUGAUUUUCCUAUGUUAAGAGAAAUCAAGGGUGGUCACCUUAAUUUGGUGUGCAAGAUACUUCAUUGCUGUGAGGCUGCAAAGGAUGAAUGGUUUUUCUUUGUUUGGGAUGGUACUGAUUCCCCACCAAACACCAUAUGUGCAAAGCUAGAAGAUGAAACGAAUUCUCCACUUCCUUUACAUCUGGAACCUUCGCCUUUAUCAAGAGAGUUAUUAUGUACUUUGCCUACUGUUGGAUCCAUCUUGAGGAUAACUUUUGAUGUAGGCAUUGAGAAGAAUCAUCUCCACCUUCUAAACAUUGGUAAAUGGAUCAAGUUUAUCAAUAUGCGUCUCGAAGUGCAUGCAGGACUUUGGCGUGGUGUUUUUACCCCUUUUACAAAGCUUCGAUAUACACCAAAUGAGGACUGUCUUAUUAUAGAACGCCAAAGGUUGUAUGAUGAGCGGAAAUCCUUGAAAUUGGGAAGAAUGCCUUCUUGCAGUUUCCCUAAGCCUUCAUGUGUUACAGAGGCUAAACAUGAUCAUGUGCGGCAUGUUACUUUAAUGGAUGUCCUCACCCAUUCAGAGGUGACAGCUAAAUUCAAGUGUGUUGUUCGGAUGGUAGCAGUAAUGCCAUGCCAAGCUGAAAAGAUUCGCUCUCCUGCUGGGACAUAUAGAAUGCAGCUGACCCUAGAGGAUCCAACGGCCAGAAUCCAUGCUUUCGUAGUUGCUGAGGAUGGGGAGACUCUCUUUGAUGGUUAUCCGGCCGCUGACAUUUUGACGAGGAAGCUGAACAGAUUACUAGGAGUAACUGAAUGUGAUGAUAUAAGAAAUCCCCCAUGGGUGUCUAUUUGUCUUAAAUCGUACUAUGUUUCUAAAACUGAUGUGUGGGGCUCUAGACACUUUCGAAUAUUUGACACCAAAAUAGCGGAAGCAUCAUGAUAUAUAUUGUUAGGAAGGUUUUUCUUUUCUGUCUGAAAGAGAAUGCGUCGUAGGAUGUGUAUCUAGGUAGGUUCAUUAGAAAAUGUAAUGUAAUUAUAUUAAGCUAAUAUAGGAUGUGCAUAGAAUGUACGAAAGCUCUUCUAUGCUUUUUGUCCAGAGCUUUCAUGGUGUUGGAU